AUGGUUCGUCAUUAUUUUCAGCAUUCAAGCAGUCCAUUCCGAUGUGAUUACGUUAAAGCGUUCGAUGGUAAAUGCAACGCAAAUUUGAUUUAUUCACCGAAAACUGAGAUUAAAAUCGCACCACAAAAUAAUUUGCCGCUGAGAAGUAGACAUGCCGAUGGAUCAACGAUAAUUCAAUUAGAACCACAACAAGUGAUUUUGCGAAUGAAACCCGGUGACAUUGUCGAAGUACCAUUCAAGUAUCUGCAUCGAUCAAGUUCCAAUCAAAAAGACUUCGUUGUUCAAACAAGUGAAUUUCGAUCACUCGGCAUUGGCAUAGAAUUUUCUGUGCACUGUCACGGACAUCGAGUGCAAGGCAGACAAUGCGCGAACGUAAGAGAUGGAGAAGUGAUUGAGUUUUUUGCGAAGGUAUCGUUGAAUGAGUGCAAAGCAUCGGGUGAUGUGGCUAUAUCAAUUGGUGCUUACGGUUAUCAUACUGUAUCCGCAAUGUUCAUCACGCCGCUUUGUGGAUGCGAUUGCGAAAAGCUUCAAAAUCAAGAGAAACGUUCUCCUCUGUGCUAUGGUUUCGGUGAUUUGGUAUGUGGUGUAUGUGAAUGUCAACCUGGUAAAGGAGGUGGUAACUGCGAGUGCGACCUGAAACAGUAUGGUGCUAGAAGUCCUGCCGAACUUGACGAUCGAUGCCGUAGUGGGCCGAAUGAGCCGAUAUGCAGCGGGAACGGCCGAUGUCGAUGCGGACAAUGUCAAUGUAGUUCUGAGUCGAUAACUGGUCAAUACUGUGAAUGCGAAGGGUUGUCGUGUCCCACUGUUGACGGUCAGUUGUGUGGAGGGCAAGGCGAAUGUCAAUGUGGGAAGUGCUUAUGCGAAGAGGGAUUCACUGGCGACGAUUGUUCAUGCAGUCUUGAUACGUCACGUUGCAUGGAAGGCGAUUCGAUGUGUAGUAACAACGGGGUUUGUCAAUGUGGUAAAUGUGUUUGUAACGAUGGAUACACGGGAUUGACAUGCGGCAUUUCAACGGUGAAUGAAAUGGACGAUGAAAUAGCAGAGGAUUUGGACCAAGAAGAGCACGUGGUUGACAGUGAAAAAAGUAAAGAUUCAUUGGAGCGACAACUGGAAGAAGUUGAAGAGUCAUUAGUAGACGAGCAAGAACGUGACGAACCGGUCAAUGAGAAGGGCGAAGUUGAUCACUCUGAAAUGGAGCCGUCCGCUGAUCUUGAAGAAGGUAUGAUGAUGGCCAAAUUUUUCCUUGCUAUCUUUCCAUAAGGCGAACCAUUGUCACCGGUUGAAGAUGAAAUCGCGGAUGUACCAGAAGUGGCUCCUCAGGAGAGUGCGGUGGAAGAGGCUCCACAACAAGUGAGCGGUGCGAAUGGUGGAUUGCGACUUUUAUUUCCGCUUAUUGGUUGUUUGUUCGUCAUAUUCGAAGUGCUUAUUUGA